AUGGAAGAUGAGCUGGAGCUAUUCAUCAGGGAGCGCAAGGAAAGAGUGGCUCAAGAUAGAGCUAGUUUGGAUCUAGAGCCUCCUUACAUGGAAGUCUUGGCAAAACCUCACGGAAGCUAUGGGUCGCUGUUCAAGGAGAACAUUCCUCCCAAGUUAACUGCACAGAAAAAGGAGGAAAGCAACGACGUUGGGCUGCCGCUUGGCUUGGAGUACGAAAAGAAAAAAAAGAAACUCCAGCAUGAACUUCGUAUGGAUUAUAGACGCCACAUUGCACAGCAAAAUGGUGCCCUCAAACAGCGCCCCCCAUCGCGGAGGGAUGUAGCCACACUGACAGAAGCCAGUAAAGAGUAUCACAGAGCUCUUUCCUCUCCUGAGAGUGCCAGACACAACAUCAGAAGAGAGAUGCCUGAUGAUCAGGAGUCAGACGAGGAGAAGUACACUAGCAAGAGGCAAACAGAGGUCAGAUGUAGUAGACAAAGGGUGUUGGAGUCCUGUUAUGAAAAGCACCAUGGGAAGGAUGAUUGCAGGGAGGAUAGGGAGAUUCCUUCAGGUUUUGUCCUACAAGGCAGGCGAUCAAGAGCACUGAACAAAGCAGAUGAGGCAGAAUUUUCUACUGGCCUUUUAAUUGGAGUAAUUGAUACUGAAGAAGCCUUACAGAUGAGGAAAGAACGCUACAGAGAGCAGCUGCAGGAACAGAUAGCCGAGCAUUACAGAAAUAAAAAGAGGGAAAAAGAGUUGGAGCUAACAGUUGCUGCAACUGGGGCAAACGAUCCAGAGAAACAGCCAAACCGAAUCAGGCAAUUUGGCACGAGCAGAAGAAAAACAUCUCGCCUGUCAGGGCGUUCAAUGUUAGGACAGAGCGAAGAAUCCUCAUCCACAUCAUCAUCCAACUUGCCUAAUCAUGGGGUGACUGAUGUGGGAGGUAGGAGGGCGCCUCCACCAGAUCAGCCCUAUGUCGCAUUUUGGGCUUCUCCAGUGUACAGCUGUGGCACUGCGGAUCCAAAUAGAGGUAGGCUGUCUCCUGAUAGACAGCCUGUUAUGCUGCCCUUCCCUAGACCCAUGGAAACUUCCAGAACUCCCAUGAUUCCCCCUCAUCUCCCUCACAUAGUUAGUGAAGCAAACAAGAGUCCCUUUCGAGAGCCUUAUUACUACUAUGGCAACAGAACCAUGCUUGACCCACACCUUGCCUACUAUGGUCAUAUGCCUUACCAUGCAGUGGGACCUCACAUGUCUUACUUUAACAUGCCACUGGAAGGAGCUGUCCCCUAUCAUCUUAGUGAUGCCAGUCCCCAAAGUGGGAGCAGUUUCCCUGAGUCCUCACCACAGCCCAAUACUGACACUGUUACAACAAACCCCCAUACUGGGGUUAUCCCCCCAGAGAAGCCUCAAUCAAACAGGAGAAGGACUUUGAAUUAUGCAGAUGAACUAAAACAACAGAUCCUGGAGAAACAAGAGCGGAAGCGUGCGGAGAGGGAAGAGCAGGAGCGUUACGAGGCCAAGUUGGAGGCCGAAAUGAGGCGACUUCAGCCUUGGGGUCGGGGUGGAGGUGGAGCCCCACUCAAAGACCAUACAGGGAAUGUCAUUGCUGACCUCAAACAGAUGCACAAGUUGAAUGAAGUGGCCCUUAGUCAUCCGGAGCAGCAAGAGAGAGCCCUUGCUAUGAACGCAGCCUGUCGAGCUGGGGCUAAUGAAAGCAGUAUUACUGGCCACCCGAGACACCAGCCUAAUGAAGAAGCCCACAGUAACCCAGAACAGCAACAGAGUGCACCAUCUAUCAAUACAGCCUGUCCAGGUGAGCACCCUGUUCCCAACAACAGGCAUUCUGGCUUCAGCCAUGUUCAAACGCCGGAGAUUUCCAACCAGCCAACACGUCCACAAGCCACUGAGAAUGCGUACAGGGCUUACCUGGACCAGCAGAUUAAAGAGAAAAAACAAAAACAAGCUGAGGAGAAAGAACGGAACAGACUGCAGGAAGAAAAAGAUGCGAGGAUAUUGGAAGAGUAUCAUGCUACCAUGAAGAGGCGUUUUGAAGAAGAACAAGAGAAGAUGAAACAGAAAGAGAUGGAGAAAAAGGCCAAAGAAGAAGAACUACUGAACCUCGCAAAACAGAGAAAGAUGGAAGAGGAGAGAAAAAAGACAGAAGAAAGGGAGAAAGCACAGAAGAAAAAACAUGAACAAGAACAGCAGGCCCAGGUUAAGGUCCACCAGGAAGCACCUCCACGAUCUCCUCCUCUACAGAGGAACCACGUACCACACCAGGACACUCCGAAACCCCCCAUUGCAGAGAGCAGUCGCUCCCAAGACCCGCUGCCUGAGAGCUCUUUGUCUGGCCACCAUUCUCCCCCUGUUCCUGCUCGUAAGAAUCAACUAAGAGCUACAGGGAAUAAAACGGACGUAUACAGUGAACUGUCGGCAUUGCGUCGGCAGCUUCGCGCUGAGCAAAGGCGACUUGAGACUCAUCUGCAGCAGGGGGAUUGUGAUGAUACGGACUACCUAAUGACUGGAAGAAAAUCACACCAACAACUGGAUGUUUUUGAGAUGGCGAGGUUGAAGCUUCAGGCUCCGGUUCGAAAGCCUCGCUCCAGAAACAUGGAACCAAGUAGCCUGUUGCGAAUUCAUGACUCCCUUCAGCUUGAUAAAACAGAUGGUGGAUCCAGACUCUGCUCCAGUCAGGUGGAGCGAUUGGAGAGAGUGGGUGUGGCCAACAGGAGGGGGCGGGUCGACAAUGAUCUACUUCAGAAAAUCAGUAGCCAGAGGUCCACAUGCACCAAUGGUCAGAGAAUAUUCAUUUUUGGCCACCAAUCCGACAUUGGGAGUGUGAUAGGUCUACAAGCAAGAGGUUCGCUUUUGGAGUCGGAUAGCGCUUUUCUUGCCCCUUUGGGAGAUGAUUUUCCUGUGCCAAGCUCACCAGAGGCUGAGGAGACAUCCCAACUUUCAGCCAGGGAAAGGAGGAGGUUGACCAAACAGUCCCAGAAUUCCCCGGAACGAGAAAAUGAUGUCCAUCCAGGUAGCAGUAACCGAGGAGAGGCAGAGUCAAGCAGUGAAGGAAACAGCCAGGAAAAGAUGUCCCCCGAAAGUCGCGGCAACACAGCAGGAACAGUGGAUUUGUAUGGUGAUGAUGAUGAUGAUUUUUUACCUCCCCAAAUUUCUCGCCUCACUCACAAUCGUCAAAGUUCAAUGGAAUCCUCCUCAACGGAUCUCUGGAUGCGACCUGGUACUUCAGAAACUCUCAAAUGUUUAGAGGAAUCUGUGAAAAGGGACCCAUUGACAACAUAG